AUGAAUUCUACUCUAUUCACAAAGGCAGCGAUACCAUCGCGCAUACUAUCGCCUGCCCAGAUAUACAGAAGACAGAGGUUACGACAAAAUUUACGAAGGCGCGCCCAAAGUAGCACAAUAUGUUCGCUUUCCAAGAGACCAAGUCACCAAGGAGCACAGCCAUUGUACCAAGCUGCUUUGUCUAAAAGGUUCUUUCAUGCCACCCCCAAUGCCCUAGCAAUGAAGGAUCCGUAUCAAGCCCUUGGAGUGGGUAAAUCUGCUUCAGCAGCUGAAAUUAAAAAAGCCUACUAUGGAUUAGCCAAGAAAUUCCACCCAGAUACAAACAAGGAUCCAUCAGCGAAAGAUAAGUUUGGUGAGAUCCAAUCGGCGUACGAGAUCUUGUCCGACCCGAGUAAGAAGGAGCAGUAUGAUCAGUUCGGAGCCGCCGCCUUUAACCAAGGUGGUGGACCUCAACCAGGAGGCGGCGAUCCGUUCGGUGGCGCAGGACAUCCCUUCUCAGGCUUUGGCGCUCAAGGAGGAUUUGGUGCCAACUUCAACUUCGAUGAUCUAUUUUCUGCAUUUGCCGGCGGACGAGGUCCUUUUGGCGGAUCAGGUCGCUCUAGUGGUGCGCAGGAGAUCCUGGUUGGUGAAAACAUCGAGGUACAAACGAGCAUAUCAUUCAUGGAGGCAGCAAAAGGGACGCACAAGUCUAUCACAAUACACCCACUCGUGAAAUGUGAACCCUGUUCCGGAAGUGGUUUGAAGCCGGGCACUAAGCAAACAAAGUGUCAUAACUGUGGCGGCACGGGCACAGAAGUACACUUUAUGACAGGUGGUUUCCAGAUGGCAUCCUCUUGUGGCACUUGUGGCGGCACUGGAAAGGUAGCUCCCAAAGGUUCAGACUGUCGAUCAUGCGCGGGCAGUGGUGCGGUCCGAGAGCGCGAUACCAUUACCGUAGAUAUCCCGGCCGGUAUCGAAGAUGGGAUGAGGUUACGGAUAGAUGGGCGGGGCGAUGCCCCCGUUACUGGUGGUAGCGUAGGAUCGAGUCCCAGGACAGCUCGAGGAGAUCUCUACGUUUUUGUGCGAGUCGCCCCUGAUACUAAAUUUAGACGGGCGGGAUCGGAUAUUCUCUACACAGCAGCCAUCCCGUUGACCACGGCAAUUCUGGGCGGCUCAGUGAAUAUUCCUACGUUGGACGGGGAAGUCGAAGUGAAGGUUGGGACAGGCACGAACACAGGUGACAAGAUUACACUAUCCGGACUAGGUAUGAAGAAACUGGGUGCUCGACGCAGCGCUACGGGAGACUUGAAAGUGGAAUUCCGAGUCUCGAUGCCGAAGUAUCUCUCCUCCAACCAGAGAAUGAUUUUGGAAAUGUUGGCAGAUGAGAUGGGCGACAAAUCGGCUAAGCGGAUCAUGAACGUGAAUGUACCAGGUGCUAGUGGUAAGGAAGCCACGAAAAACGACGACCCGGAAACGCAUAGAAAUGAAGGGUUUCUAAAGUCUUUGUGGCAUAACUUAACAAAUAACCCGGCCCAUCAAAAGCCAGAAGAGCAAGAUUCCGAGAAGAAAUCCGACAAAAAGACUAAGAAAUAG